GCAGAUGAGGAAACAUCUACCCAGAGAGGAGAAGUAAACCACACCGGAUCAUUUCGUGAAGGAGCAAGGCUGAAGACCCAGACCUGGACUUUUUUAAGACAAACUUAGUGCAACUUGAAGGACCCAACCAUGGAUUUGAGGCGGGUGAAGGAAUAUUUCUCCUGGCUCUACUAUCAAUACCAAAUCAUUAGCUGCUGUGCUGUUUUAGAGCCCUGGGAGCGAUCUAUGUUUAACACCAUCUUACUAACCAUUAUUGCUAUGGUGGUAUACACUGCCUAUGUCUUUAUUCCAAUCCACAUUCGCCUGGCUUGGGAAUUUUUCUCAAAAAUAUGUGGAUAUCACAGUACCAUUUCUAAUUGAUCUUGUUCACGUUCAGUGAAAUGGCAUUGCAUAUUUAUAUAUUGCUUACAACUUAUUGAUUUAGGUAACUAUUGUGUCUUCCUUCACUAUCUGACCUGAAAAGCACUCUCUUCUCUAUGCACUCUUAUAUUCUGCCUUUCUGCCUGGAGUUUGAAAUAGAUGUCUCUUCAGUUUCUUUCGCACAUGCUACGUUGUGCAUCAGACCAUAGAUAAUACAAUGACUUUACCUCACAAAUCAAAUUCUCUCAACACAAAUCUAUGAAUUUAGUUUAUUUAAAGUCAGAACAAUUUCCUACAAAAUUUUUUUGGAAAAUAGGCUCAUAACAGACCUACCAGAAUCAUACUUAAAGUGCUCCCUUGACACUUAUUCUAUACUGAAGGGUAAAUUUUAAAAAUUCUUUUUAGGCUACUGUCAGAAGUAUCCUAUCUUUGUUUAUGAUGUAUAAAAAGAUGUGAAUAAAUUAUAUGGAACCCCUAAGUCUUAUUUUCUAGUAAACUGAUGAUACUGGAAAUUCUUUUACUUCAAAUGCAAAAGAGUAAGCUGGAGGCAAUUAUUUCCUUUCAUCCACAGUUCAUGAAUUGUUUUAAAUGCUUCUUAAAGCCUGGCUUUAUAACCGUUUAAAAUCAAUAAUGUUGAUUUUAGAUAACCAAGUAAGUAUUAUAAUACAAAAUAAUUUUAAGUGUAGGAAACUAAAGUAUAAUCAAAGUAAAUUCAGAUAUUGUGAUUUGUGGUAUUGCCUUGCCUUGCAUGAUGCUGGGGGAAAAAGAGAAAGGAAAUUGUUUUCUUUUUGUGCUUUUAUUCAGUGGACGGGGAAAAAAGCAUGUGUUGGGCCACAAGAAGAAAAGCUAAUAAGUAGGCUGGAAGUAAUAUUCUACCAGCAGGAACUCAACGGCUCCAGUUAAGUGCUUUGAUAUAGUGGCUCCUUUGCAGAGCCAAAACAAGAUUUAUUAAAUUUCCUUCAAAGUGUUUAUCUUUAAAACAAAUAUAAGGUUUUAAUUAUACUGCUGAAGCGAAUGUGAAUGCCAAAGACUAAGUUUUACAGUUUUGCUUUCCUCCCAAUAAAUAUUAAUGUAUGUAAUUCUAGAGGGUUUGAACAAUAGGUUUGAACAAUAUUUGCACCUUUGUUUGUGUUAUGAAAACAUUUUUUCCAAGGCGAGCUGGAGAGAAAGAUGUUUGGCAUGCCAAAUUAACUUGCAUGUUUGUUAAAAAAACAAACACAUGUUUUGAAGAGAAACCGGAUCUGAACAUGUAUUUGUUGAGUUUUGCAAAAUAAAAUUAAUUUUGUAAGUAAAUAUCUA